CAGCUAGCUAGCUAACGGUAGCCAGCUGGAAUCGAUAGACGAGUGUUAGCUAGCUGGCAGGCGUCUCUUAUUAGUUACUGUAGCAGAGCACUUCCAACCAAAGCGCCUAAAGAAUGAGAAGAGUUACCUUAUUUAUUAACGGGACGUCUAAAAAUGGCAAGGUUGUAGCAGUGUACGGGACCUUGUCAGAUUUAUUAUCUGUAGCGAGCAAUAAGUUAGGAAUCAAAGCCUCCUGUUUGUACAACGGGAAGGGUGGCCUCAUAGAUGACAUUGCACUUAUAAGAGAUGAUGACGUGUUGUAUGUGUCAGAGGGAGAUCCAUUCAUUGACCCUCAGAAUGAAGCCAGGGUUACAUCCGAUCAGCACGGCGCUCACACCGAUUGGCUGACCCUCAAUAUCGGUGGUCGUCCGUUCACCACCACCAGGAGCACUUUGGUCAGCAAAGAGCCGGAGAGUAUGCUCGCUCACAUGUUCAGAGAGAAAGAUGUGUGGGGGAACAAGCGGGACGAGCACGGAGCUUACCUGAUCGAUCGCAGCCCCGAAUACUUUGAGCCCAUCCUCAACUACCUGAGACACGGCCAGCUCAUUAUCAAUGAAGGCAUAAAUAUACGAGGUGUCCUCGAGGAAGCUCGGUUCUUUGGAAUUGAGCAGCUGGCUGAACAGCUGGAAGUAGCAAUCAAGAACUCACAGCCUCCGGAGGACCACUCUCCCAUCUCCCGCAAAGAGUUUGUCCGUUUUCUUCUGGCCACACCCACGAAGUCCGAGCUGCGCUGUCAGGGUCUUAACUUCAGCGGCGCUGAUCUGUCCCGCCUUGAUUUGCGUUACAUCAACUUCAAGAUGGCCAAUCUGAGCCGCUGCAACCUGACGCACGCCAACCUGUGCUGCUCUAACCUGGAGCGGGCCGAUCUCUCCGGAGCCAACCUGGACGGUGCAAACCUACAAGGGGUGAAGAUGCUCUGCUCCAACGCCGAGGGAGCUUCUCUCAAAGGAUGCAACUUUGAAGACCCGUCUGGACUGAAGGCCAACCUGGAAGGUGCUAAUCUGAAAGGCGUUGACAUGGAAGGAAGCCAGAUGACGGGCAUCAACCUGCGUGUGGCCACUCUGAAAAAUGCAAAGCUGAAGAAUUGUAACCUGCGGGGAGCCACUUUAGCAGGGACGGAUCUGGAGAACUGUGACCUGUCCGGCUGCGAUCUUCAGGAAGCCAACCUGAGAGGCUCCAACGUGAAAGGAGCCAUUUUUGAGGAGAUGCUGACGCCGCUGCACAUGUCGCAGAGCGUCAGAUAACUGACCGCACAGCUGCCGGUCCCGUGUGGACCACAGCUGGCUCCUCCAUCCUCCAGCCUCUUCUUCCGUAUACUCUCCUACUUUCGAUCUCUCUUUACCUGUCUGCAGCGCAGGUAGUCGUAUGCACAUCCCUGGCAUUCCACCUGUAUUAUGUUAGCUUUAAAUACCUUGCACUAGAAUCUCUUCAGGGUUGUCUCUCUGUGUGUUCGUACGGUAGGAUUGAUCCUAAAUGUUCCGCUGCGUAUACCACCAAAACAAAAUAAUGUUCCUCGUGUUAUGUACAUGUGUGACUAUACUCCAUUUCAUGUUUGACAUAAUUUAUAUUCACUUUAUAUUACUUGACAUGUUAAUGGGAGUCAGAUAAUCAGACGAUCUGUGCGCAGUGAAGUUCAGGCGGCUGAGCUUCGCUGGAUGCUGCUGUAGCAGAAGUAGAAAGGUCACUUACAGUAACUGUGUUGUUCUAUAUUCCUCUUUAAAUAUGUAAUUUAAAUUUGCUGGAUUCAACGUGUUUAUAAAGAAGCAAUGCAAGCCAAAGCCAUAACGAUAGCACAGCCUGAAAGGCUAAAAGUGCUGUUAGUGCACCAAUAGAACUAUGCGACAGGCUAGUUUUAAACACAGCUUGGGUAUGCAAUACAUGAUUUACAGCUGUGACGUUUCCUUUUCCUACUUUUGAAUUGUCGUGUACGUCAGAAGCUUUCCUUGUGUUGCGCUCUGUGAAUCUACCUCUUUUUUUAAUCCGGUGUGUGAGUGAUCCACGAUUGCAUGCGUUGGACUGUGGCACUGCAUAUUGUGAUGUUUAUGUGUUGUCAUUUUAUUAUUCUACAGAUUUCCAUCGUGAGAAAAGAAUCCAAUGUGGUGGUGAUGUGCGUUUAAAGGUGCAACAUGUGAGAGAUGGCCAGAUUUUCAGUUUCAGACAGUCAAAGAACAAACGUGUGAAGAAACAAACGUGUUGACUUUAAAGACGUCUGCUGAAGUUAGCGUGCUAACCAGCUAGCUGCGACCCGUCCUGUCUCCUGAAGCCACUUUGUAGCUCAACAGGUGAGGAGUGACGGCCCCGUAGUUUCAGCUGGGAGACGUUAAAGUGCCGAGUUCCUUCUUAGUCUAAGUCAACAAAAUAACGUACAAAAUGUCAAGAAAGGAAAUGAUUUCACACCUGUUUUUCUUACUAAACAGAAGAAUACAAUCAUACACCGUCUGAAUUCAAGAUUGUCUCAAACGUAGCUCAUCUUAAAACAAAGUUAAUUUAAACUCAACAUUAGAGCCCAACAGAUAUAUCAUCCUAUCACUGAAACAUCUGGAUUGUGGCGUAUUUGUUGUCCGAUGUGCCCUGAUAUAGAAAAACAAGCCCCGGGUAGUUUGUAAUUAUAAAACUCUAAGUGAAGUUCAAUGUUUUUGUGCACUGAUGUCAGAACUUCAGGGUGAAGUUCUCUAAAAUCUCCUGCCACGGUUACGUACGUAAAUCGUAUCCUUGUUACAGGUGAUUGAAAAAAAAGAAUAGAUAACAAAAUAUUUUUACUCCAAAACAGUCUUUGUUUUUCCACAGUCACCUCGUGGUUUUGUCCAAAUAAUCAAAACAAUCUCUUGCCCUGUGUGUCGAGGGUUUACAGAAGUUAAAAUACGUUUGACUUUUCUGCACGAGGCGUGUCGUCGCUCAGCUUUUCCCAUCAGUUACAUCUGAUGCCUGGAUUCUCACGCAGCUCCACCGGUGCAUCGCGCUGCUUUAAUAAAAACAUGUUUUUCUGAGCUGUUUUUGAAGCGACCGAGUCUGUUCGACGAGCCACUGCGUGAUCAGCUGAUGUCGUCUCGC